UACACAGAGGCCUCGUGGAGGAGACCAUAACAAACAAACAGUACGCAGCACACUCCUACAAAGAGACAGCCCCCUUUGAAUCACUCACACAGCAUCAACACAAGAGCAAAGAGGAAGAAAGUACAGCAAAAUGUCAAGGCAUCAGAUCAUCUGCUGAGAUUUUGCUUGGGAAACAGAGCAAGACCAGAGAAGACAUAUAUAUAGUGAGAGAAAGAGAGAGAGAGACGAGGAACAGCAUGGACCAACCAGUCAAGGUCUUCCACUACAAAGACCAGGAGCAGUCGUCCAGCCUGCUCCUGCAGCUCAACAGACUGAGACAGGAGAACAUCCUGACUGAUGUGUCACUGUGUUCAGGGGUCAACACAGAGAUCCCAUGCCAUCGCAACGUCCUGGUCUCCAGCAGCCCCUACUUCAGGGCCAUGUUCUGCAACAACUUCAUAGAGACACGGCAGACCAAGAUCAACUUGAAAGGCGUCCCAUCGGCCAUUCUGAGCAGCAUCAUUGACUAUGUUUACACAGGACUCAUCAGUAUCAACAUGGAGAUCGUCCUGCCUCUGAUGCAGGCGGCUUCCAUGUUGCAAUAUGGCCGCGUUUUCGAGGCCUGCUCAAGCUUCCUUCAGGAGCAACUGAGCCCUGACAACUGUUUGAGCAUGAUAAGACUCUCCGAGAUCGUGGCUUGUAACAGUUUGAGAGACAAAGCAAAGGAGAUGGCCGUGAAGAGCUUCUCCGAUGUGUCGGCAUCUGAGGAUCUGUGUGAGCUCUCCUUACCAGAGCUCAUGGGAUACCUCGAAGAUGAUGGUCUUUGUGCGGAGGAGGAGCAGGUCUUUGAAACACUUGUUGCUUGGAUCCACCAUGAUCCUCUAUCAAGGCGUGGCGCCAUCAGUGACCUUUUUAAGAAAGUUCGCCUACGUCACAUCCAUCCUACAUACCUCUUCCAAUUCAUAGCCAACGACCCGCUGAUCCAGUCCUCCCCGCUCUGCACCGAGCUCGUAGAAUCUGUUAGACGCCUGAUGUUUUCCGGCAGCACAAAAUGCAAUGAUGACUCAGCAGUUGGCUUCAAACCUCUCUGGGUGGCACCAAGGCGCUACUCUUACCACGACAUGUUGGUGGUUGUGGGAGGGAGGAAGAACAACGAGCAGACGUCGAGGGAGGCCCUCUUCUUUGAUGAGAAGAUCGAUAAAUGGCAGUGGCUCGCCAAGCUGCCCAUUCGUCUGUACAAAGCCUCCUAUGUCGCCCUACACAGUGUCCUGUAUGUAAUUGGAGGCCUGACUGCAAACACAAAGUGCGGCAAAGUAAAUACAACUGUCUACACACUCUCCCUCAAGACCAACCAGUGGCGGACGGCAGAGCCCAUGCUGGAGCCACGCUUUGCCCACCAGAGUGUCUCGUAUCUCCACUUCAUCUUUGUCCUGGGGGGCCUGGGGCCUGACAAACGACUGACAGGCAGUGUGGAGAGGUACAACAGUAUGUUCAACCAAUGGGAGACGAUGGCGCCCAUGCCUGAGGCUGUGUUGCACCCUGCAGUAGCCGCUACCAACCAAAGGAUAUAUGUGUUUGGAGGAGCAGAUGCCAUGCAGAACCCAGUCAGAAUAAUACAGGUGUAUCACAUUGCCAGAAACAUGUGGUCUAAGAUGGAGAACAGAACAGUGAAGAAUGUGUCUGCUCCUGCAGCCAUUGUGGAUGACAAAAUCUACAUUAUUGGAGGAUACACCAGGAGAAUGAUCGCCUACGACACCAAGGCCAACCGGUUCGUCAAGUGUGCCAACCUGAAGGAGAGGAGGAUGCACCACUCUGCCACCGUUCUCAACAACAAAGUCUACGUCACCGGCGGACGUCACAUCAACGGCCACGACGUCGUCGAGGACUCAGACAAUUUUGAGUGCUAUGACCCAAAGACAGACACUUGGACAUCUAAGGGGUCUUUGCCGUAUAAACUGUUUGACCAUGGCUCGCUGACUCUGACGUAUUUCUCAAACAGGCAUGGACAAAAUCAAAGCUCGGAUUCAUAUUCUAAUGCUAUUAUUUGA